UUGAUAUCUCCAACCGCUAUAACAGCGAACGUUACCCAGCGGAGCUUUGUGAUUGGUCAACGGGCGGCCUCAAGCUCCUCCCCCACUGCCACCGCAGCCCGGCGGAGCAGCCAUCAGCCUCAUAGCCACUCAGGGGGUAGAGAAGGCUCGAAAAUGAGUCAGCUGAAAGAGCGCUUCGUGAGUGUGCUCCACGAAAAGAACUUUGUGACAGACCAGUUGGCAGCGCUGGAACAAAAAACGGGAGUGAAGAGAGAGUUUACCGUCUUGGGUGUUCUUGGUUUUGUCGCGCUGUACCUUCUGUUUGGUUACGGGGCCGCCCUACUCUGCAACCUGAUCGGCUUCCUCUAUCCAGCCUAUUUCUCCAUCAAGGCCAUUGAGAGCAACAACAAGGAAGAUGACACACAGUGGCUGACCUACUGGGUGGUUUACGGACUCUUCAGCAUCGUCGAGGCCUUUUCUGACAUCUUCCUCUCCUGGUUCCCAUUUUACUAUGCUGGCAAGUGUCUGUUCCUGAUUUGGUGUAUGGCUCCCGUGACAUGGAACGGCUCUGACAUUUUGUACAAGCGUGUGAUCCGGCCCUUCUUCUUGAAACAUCAAGCUGCCAUGGACACUGUGGUCAGUGAUCUGACCACCAAGGCUAAGAACUUAUCUGAAACCAUCACAAAGGAGGCUGUUAACCAGGUCCUCAACCAUGACAAGAACCAGUGAGAAGUGUGGAAAGGUUGGUGUGUUCGAGUGAGUGUCUGGGCGUAUGCGUGUCGAUUGCUUCACCUCUUUUCUAUCCUUCCCGUCAUGACGGAUGAUGUUGACCAAUUUGCACGUCAUGUGGUGAACUGCAGCUUUGCUCUCAUGAAUAAAUAAAAGGUUUUUACGGCCACACAAGGUUGAUGCCAUCUGUACUGCGAAGACGAUCAACAAAACUGUGACCUUUAUUUGUAAUCUUAUUUUCCCUGUUGGAGUGUGACUAACAACAAGGGGAAAACAUGAUGUUUUGUUUGGGGGGGGGCGGGGGGUUCAAAUGUUUACCUGCAAGUUUCCGAUGCAUUGGUAGCGUAAUUAAAUAAUCCCUUCAGUUUUGAAUUAAUCAUAGCAUUAGAAAUGGGCCAUAUCAGCGCUUUUGAUCUUUACCAAACCAGUCCGCCCUGAAACAGACAGACUGGUUAAUAAACAGCCUUUUUUUCUAUUCUCAAUCAGAACUGGACCUCUAAAUCAGCACUGGCUUCCUGCUCUUACAAGCCUUAGUCUUACACGUACCUGUCAAAAUGCUGAGACUUGAGCCACCGGGAACGUUGUUGAUCUGUAACAGUAACUGGGCAACUUCUGUCUUUUGUCUUAAUUUAUGAUCUCAUCUUGAUAAAACAAUAAAACUGGAAGCCUGGUGAACUGGAGAUCUUGCGUUUGUGUCUGACUUUGAAAUUUCCCGCUUCUUUCUGCUUCUUCAACCUCUGCACCUCACAGUUUGGGGAAAUCUGGUCCAAAUUACAGUUCAUGCUCCAGAGGUUUGUGAAUCUGUGGUUAUGGCCAUGGUUAUUGGGGAUAACAAUUUUUAUAAAUUCCCGACCUGCAGAUUUGGAUGUUCGGUAGUUCUUUUUAUCAAAGCAUAAAACAAAAACAAAGGAUUUUUUUUGGGGGGGUGGUAUUUUAUUAAACAUACAAAUGGUCAAACUAAUGUUGUUUUUUUUCUCAUGAAAUAACUUUUUUUUCUAAUGUAGAUGUUCAGAUUUGGAAUGCAAGGAAAAAUAAAAAAUAUGC